GUGCCAUAAGCUACCAAGUACUGUGUUCAUACUAAUCCAUAAAUAUCACGGAGCUGUGGGGGGCGUUGCAUGGACUGCGAUAUCCUCAGGGCGUUGUUAUGCUCUUGCUUCCCUUUUCAUGGCUUCAAGGUUUCAACUGCAACGCCGGGGGAUUAAAUGCCGCACCACUUUUGCUUGAUGUGACCCCAUGAGUCGAACAUCUUUCCACCAGUAGGAACACAAAUUCCGUCCCCUGGAACUCUGAAUGAUACCCAGCGAGAAAACUUAUAAUAGCAAAAGUUUCCCUCGCUCAUGGGCAACAUGGAGGCCAUGCUUAUCAUAACCUCCAUCUCCUUCUUCUCUCACCCGACCCUGCCACGUCCAGGUCUCGAGUCAUCAAGACAAGAUGCAGCUUCUAGCCAUCGUUUUUCUCCCCGUUGUUUUAUUCGCCACUCAGGCUGCUGCCGCAACAUGGUAUUUCCUGCGCUAUAACACCCCCUCCGGAGCCAAGUUCACUGCGUUCAGUGGACAAAUGGUCGUCCCAACUCUUCCCAAAGCGGCAGUCUACUAUCUUUGGCCGGGCCUACAACCGACCGACAACAGCGGAGUUUACCAGAAUGUGCUUGACGGACGAAGCGGCACUUGGUGGUUUGGAUCUGGAUGGUGCUGUUCAAACCCUUCGCUACCGUGGGGAGGCGGGUUCAACACGUAUGCGGGAGAGACGAUCAGCUUCUCGAAUGUGUUGAACAGUGAUGGGAGCGGAUGGACUACGACGACGAAAAGGGGCACCACUGGCUCGCCCGUAACCAACACUUUUGCUCUUGCUGGCAAAUCUUUCAACCAAGCUAUUUUUGCCAUUGAACUUUACGAUGUGGCAUGGAAUUUUGGGCCCUUGACAUUCAAAAACGUCAAAAUUGUUGCGACGGGAAGCACGAGCACGGCGUGGUGCACGGGAAAGCCAGCAAACUAUAACUCGGCCACGAAGUAUACCAUUUCCGGAGCGAGGGCAUCAGUGAGCGGCACGACUGUCACUUGCACCAUUGACUCGGUGGUUUUGCAAGGCCCUGCAUGAUAGCAAAGGAUGACGUUCGUUCUCGAAUUCGAAUAUUGUUUGCCCCUUGACAGCCUCACUCAGUCUUCACUCAGGUGAAAGGCCUGGCCUGAUAGCAGGAAGUGGGAACGUCUACAUCAUGAACAUUCAUUUAUU